UCACAGUGGUCAUAUUGACAUUCAUGACAAAUUGUGUUAAAAUGGGAAAGGCAGGCACACUGUUCAUGGAAGAGCUCGUUUGAUUAUUAUUAAAACGUGUCGAAUUCGUUAAUUCUCAUUACACCGCAAAUAUAUUAAUAUCAACGAUUACACAUAUCUGUUUAUUUCUUUGCUUCGUUAUUACGUUCAAAUUUUAAAGUGAAUUAGCAAUAAAAAUCCAAGGAACAAUCAGCUUCUUUAGCUUUCGUUCGCGAGAUUCUUAUAUUGUAUUAUUUAAUACGGUGUGUUUGUUUAAAUAGAUUUGUUUUUUUACAAACUCGUGUUAAUUGUUAACGUUACGUUGGAUUGUUGUAAUUAUCGGAAGCCACGGACUAUUCGAGCAUUAACCCUAUUGUUGUGAAAUGAGUGUGCAUAUUUAGUGACUCCUGAUGGCUACUAGUUGUUGAUUUUUCAUAGUGUUUGAACAGGCCGUUGUUAUAUAAACAAUGGGAAGAUUUUCUGGAAAAAAAUGCCGACUUUUGUCGAUGCUCUGGCUCACCGGAGGCUUCUUCUUUGUGGAGCUGAUUGUAGGCUAUGUCACCAAUUCUAUGGCAUUAGUGGCAGACUCCUUUCACAUGUUGAGCGAUGUUGCUGCAUUAGUUAUUGCCUUCUUAUCAGUUAAAAUGUCACCAAAGAAAUGGUCAAAGAACACAUUCGGAUGGGCGCGGGCUGAGGUCCUGGGGGCCCUUGUUAAUGCUGUGUUCCUCGUAGCCCUAUGCUUUAGCAUUACAGUGGAGGCUGUGAAACGUUUCAUAGAAAUUGAGGCUAUCCACGAUGCAGAACUGUUGGUUGGUGUGGGAAGUCUUGGUUUGCUGUUGAACAUUGUUGGGCUGUUCUUGUUCCACGAGCACGGCGGUCACGGCCACUCGCACGGCGGCGUGCCACCACCAGCCAACGUCAGGCAUCUGACAGAAAUAGUAAAUAGCAAUGCUGACAUGGCCCUAGGUCACAACGCGACCGAUACCGAGGAGACUGACGAAAUGGUCCCGCCCAAAGCUGAGAAAGUGCCCAAUAACACCAAACAGCCGUGUAGGCCUAACAGCGACCCGGGCCAUAUGAACAUGAAGGGCGUUUUUCUUCAUAUACUGUCUGAUGCUCUUGGUUCCAUUAUCGUAGUAGGAUCAGCAUUGGUGGUAUGGCUCACGGACUGGGAGUACAAAUACUACAUCGACCCAGCGCUCAGUAUAGUGCUUGUCGUGUUGAUUUUGGCGUCAGUGUGGCCGUUGUUGAGAGAGUCAUCGCUUAUUUUGUUGCAGACUGUACCUACACAUAUACAGGUGGACGCCAUACAGAGACGGUUGUUGGAGAAAGUGGAUGGAGUGCUGGCAGUCCACGAGUUCCAUGUGUGGCAGCUUGCCGGCGAUAGGAUCAUAGCUAGUGCACACAUUAGGUGUAGAAAUCUAUCAGAGUACAUGAAGAUCGCUGAGAAAGUGAAGGAGUUCUUCCACAACGAGGGGAUACAUUCUACCACCAUACAGCCCGAAUUUGUGGAGCUACCUCAAGGUGGUAACGAAAUAAUAAGCGGAGCGUCAGCGGAGGCGCCAUGCGCAUUACACUGUCCGCCCAACGACCUGUGUCACAACGCGACCUGCUGUGGCCCUAACCAACAGGAACACAGCACGCCAUCUCCCACAGUGACGCCGUAUCUUUGCAGGCAACGCAACAUGGGCUCAAGGGAAUCGACGUGUUCGAAUCCUGCAUCAGGCCAGCCGAAACCCGUCGGGUGGAAUCUUGAAGCUCUUGAAUGCGGUUCCCUGCUACCCUCCCCCAUGGUUGAAGGUGAGACGGUGUGACGGCAGGCGGGCGCCCUCCGCGUGGUAACAUACUAACCCGGCUACUACUUUCUCUACACAUUAGCUGUGAAACCUGUUAUUUACUGUCGGAGCCCAAAAGAGGCUCUUAAAGUAUUAAACCAAAGAUCAUCAAGUAUAAAAUGUUGAAUAAAAAUGCUGUAUUUUUAUCAUUGAAGUUUUAGUUCAGUUCCGAUUUGUCGCUAAUAAUAAAUCGUGCGACAAAUAUCGUAGCAUGAAACCUAAGUUUGUUUUUACAUUUCGUAACAAAUUGUUUACUUUCAGAGUCUAAUUUGGAUCUGACCUCUGUCUAACAUUAAGAACUCUAUAUUUCAAUGCAAAUAUUAAAACAGAAACUGUGUGUACUCUUAAUUUUUCUUUUUUAACCAAAUUACUUUGAUAUUUACAGUAAAAAAGUUUGGGAGUUUAUUAAUUUAUCUCAUUAAUUAUUCGUUGAUGAAUUAGUUAUAAAAGUUGCGCGUACAAAGUUGGUGACACCGAUAUACCUAUAUAGAGGUGCAGUAAGAAUAAGAUUAGGCGAAUUUCGGACUUUUAGGGUAAGUGUGGAAAUAAUUCACAACUAAUAUGUAGGUUUAAAAUAAUAACCAAAACAAAGUUAUUGACAGUUUUUCCGUGAGAUCCUUUAACACGACGUUUUGUAGUCUACAAGGCACAUAGGUUAAAUUCUUUCAUAAUAUCACUCUUUGAAGUAAGUAGUGUUAGUUGCCGAGAUAAUUAUCCUUAUGAGACUACGUUUUCACAGAACUGAACACGUGCAGAAAUCUACCAAUCAGGUGACGUCUGCCAAGAUUGAGACGAUGUCAUUGGUCGAUUUUACAUUAUACUACACAACACAGUUUCAAUUCUGUGAAACUUAGCACAUAUAUCGUCUGCUUAUCUUUGAUUCUGAAUAAUAAUGGUUCUGUAAUGUGGAGAUGGAUUAUCACACUUGUCAAAUUAUACAAAUAUUGCAGCAAUCCUUCUUACCUUUGCAGUCAAGUCUAAUUAAAGGUCAUAAUAAAUUUUUUCUUUUGUAAAUGUAUACCUACAUUUAUUUCUAAAAAAUGUAUGUCAAGAGAAAGAUUAGGUGAUAUAUGUGCGGCAAAUAAAAGUACCCGUCGCGUUGCAAAUCAGUUGUAUGUAAUUUACCAGCUCUAUACGUUUCAUAUCUUUAUAGAAGUAAAUUCCUAGGUGCUGUGAUAAUACAUAAAUAUAAUAUCUUUAUGACAAAAUACGUUUUAAAAUAACUUUAUUAUGAAGCGAUUUUCGGCAGCUAGCAUUCAUUAUUUAUGAAUACCUGUAGUAGCAAUUACGUGAAAUCGUAUCCUCCUUUUUUUUGCAUAUAAUUUAUUUAUUCAAACUGACUCAUCAAAAGGCGAGUCCACAUUGGGCAAGCUGCAUCGCGUACAAAUUAAGCAGUUUGGUAUUUCACUUCACUAUAACUUAAGACGUUCUAAAAGUUACAGACAAGUAAAUAAACAUUUAAGAAGUUGAUAAAUGCUAUUCCACUUUUCUGAACUACCCGACAUUUUCUCGCAAUACCACUCGAUCCGUGUGGACUCGCUUACUCAACUUCGAAGGACCAAAAUGUAUCAUUUAGUGUAUUGGUCAGUAAUUGCUAGAAACCUUUCCCAAUAAAAUCCCAAAGUACAAUAGCUAUUACUCAAUAGAUUUUUUUUAUCGAUUUCUUUUAAUAUGUAAGUCUAAUAGCAUUAUUUUAAUACAGGGCAAUUGUUUUUAUAAAAAUACGUAUUGUUAAUCGAGGUCGAUGACCUUAAUAUUAGCCACGUGGAUGUCGCAAUCGCAACGCAUAUAUCUUAUCAGAUUGAUAAAUAUGUUAAGCACAUAAGUCUUCCAGGACUUAUGACUGUAUUUAUGCAUACAGACUAUUAGAUAGAUGCAAAUGUUGAAGUAGUAAGCAAUAAUUUCUUGCAAAUUAAACACGAAGUUUUUGUCUAACGAGGAGACUGACAUUUGUCAUUAGUAGGUACCUCUUUUUUUAUCAUAUUCACCCAAUCAGAAUUCUUACCAAGUAAUACUGUAGGUAAAACCACUUAUCUCCUAGAUUUUAAACCUAAAUAAGUAAUAUCUUUAUUUAUUUUUUGCAACAAUCAACAAUUUAUUUUUUGCUACGCUUGACAUAUAUUUAUCCACUUAAAAUAAUUUAAGAAGACGAGAAAUAAAAUGGCUAUUUUGACAGCUGUUGUCAAAUACGUACACUAUUAGUUCUGCCUCUUGCGCUCUAUUUUUAAAUGCAUCGUUUGUAAAUUUAACUUCAUCAAAACGGGCUUUUUAUUGCUUGACGACUACAACCGUAUUGCAGAAUUAGAUUAUAUGCCUAUCAAUGUAUAUAUUUCAUUCUUGGAAUGACUAAAAUCCGAUUACCAUCCGUGUAAUGAAUACACGUGUUUGUUCUGAACAGCAUAUGUUAUGAUUUUAUAAGUUAUGUAAGCCUCUGUUUUGUAUGGAUCAUAUGCCAGGAUCACUUUUUAAAAACUAUUAUAAAUAAGCGAAUCAGUAAUUUUUUUAAAAGUGCUCUGGCAGUUUAAAUUAGGCUCGCAAAUAUAUAUAUACUUAAAGUAAAUAUCAUAUAUAAAUAGCGCAUCCACGCAAUGUGUUCAUAUAAAUUACAACAGUUAAUACCUCUGCAUAAAAUAGCAAUAAAUAGCAAUAUAUAUUUUAUAACUAUCCAAAUAUGUGCAUUUUUAGAAACGUUUGAGGAUAAAUAAUGAAAAUUAGUUUCUCAUACAUACCUAUAUCUAAAUAGUAAACUGUUUCUUAUACUUAAAAAUGUGAUCAUAUUUCGUAGAUUAAGUAGAGAAACGCCAUUAACGGCUAGCAUUUUUUAUAGUAUAUGAUAGACGACGUGCGGGUAAAGAGUUAGAAUGACUUAGAUAGACAAUCGUAUUUAGCUGAAAAUUUAUUGUUGCACUUCACUGUUGCUGUAUCACUUCCCAGUUUAUGUAUCAAGUGGUAUUUAUUUGCCACUACGUUACAAACAGAAAAAAAUGUGAUUGUCAUUUUCAAGCUGACAUUUUUAUUCUACAUGAGCCUAUAGAGUAACAUUGUCUUUGUCGUACAGUCAAAUUAAGAACUGUUUCUUUUUAUUGCAAUAUACUAAUCUAUGCUCAAUAUCCGUAUCACAGCUUUUUUAAAUAUGAAUAAAAUACUGAAUUAUUGUUGAACUCUUAUUCCGGGUUAAUUUUUAUUUACAUUUUUUUUUAAAAGUAACCCAUUAUCGCUUCAUUAGUACCUACACGAAAACUAAACGUUUAUUAUGUACACUACACAAUUCGUAUUAUUAAAUCCAUUAUUUUUAUUGUGGGCUGUAUAAAGUAAUAUAUCUCAGAAUCUUAUCGCGUUAAUGGUAAUAACAUAAUAAAAUUUACAAUCUUUAUCUUAUGCAUAUUGUUCUACUGACAUUUAAGUUGACAAUUUUAUCCGAAAACUGUGGUGAAAAGUGGCUUAUUAACAGUUUAAUGAGCUUAUGCAAAUUGCUUCAAUAAGUAGAAUUAUUGUAUGAUAGAGCGCCUAUCGCUAAGUUGUUUUAUUAGUGUAUGUUAAUUUCAAUGUAGUUUUGUCAAUUUAAGAUGAACAUAAAUUACGUAUAAAUAAAAUAAAAAUCAAAAUCUACACGUGGCUCACUACGCACGUGAUAUGUUUUCCAUCUAUAAUAUUCAUCAUUAUUUGUUAUCUGGUGUUUCAUUGUAUUGCUAAUAAAAUUCAAGUACUUAAUUGUUAUUGAAUCUGAUUGUUUUAUCAUAAUUCGACCUGCAUUUUAUAGCCUGAACACUUCUUAGCUAUAAUAUCAAUAAAAAUAUGGCAUGCAUUGAAAAUUAUGUUUUGUAAAAUUUAUAUUUUAUAAUAAUGAUUAUUAUUCACAUAAUUAUAUUUAUACGUGAGUUAAAACUGUAAGGAAGUAAUUUAUGAUUACGUACAUAUAUAUUUUAAGAAACUGAGCUCUGAUGUAAUUUCUCAGACUACCAACAGAUUUGUUUGAAAGUUAAUCGGUUGAAAACAAAAUGGCGUUUAGUACGACUACUAUGAGUACUGCAUUGCAUAACUUCAUAGCACUCAUGAAAUAAAUUUGUGGAAAUCAAAUAAGUUAUGUAGCCGCUUGCGACCAAUGCAAACAAUACCAAUGAUAGUUGCUUGACGCCAUUUUCCUAACGAGUGGCUAAAAUCCAACUUCCUUGUUAGCUCUCGCAAUUUUCGACUCAGUGGGUAAAUUUGUAAUUAUUUUACUGUAUUUAUGUGUACAAAAUGUAAAUUGUACAUUGUACAGAAAACUGUAAAUUAUUAUGUUCGGGCCGGUCACACAUUUUUUU